AUGUUUUUGUCACCAAUACGCUUUCUUAUCCUUCUACUCCUUUUGAACUUUGUUGUUUCCGGACAAGUUCUGAGGAAGAUCAAGGAGCGUGUACGUGAACUCCAACUCCAAAAAGCCAAGCAGAGUCUCCUGACGAGCACAGUUAGCGGUAAACAGCCUGUUGAACAUGUAAAGGAAGGCAAGAUCAAGCAGCCGCUGGACCACUUCAACCGUCAGGUCAUCAAGACCUUCCCUCAGAGGUUCUUUGUGAACGACGCCUACUGGCAGCGUCCUCAUGGUCCAGUGUUCCUCUUUAUUGGAGGAGAAGGCCCCAUCUUUGAGUUUGAUGUUCUGGCAGGUCACCAUGUGGAAAUGGCUGUAGAGUAUGGGGCUCUGCUGUUGGCUCUGGAGCAUCGUUUCUAUGGAAACAGCAUCAACCCAGACAGCCUUGAGACAGAGAAUCUGGCUUACCUGAGCAGCCAGCAGGCGCUUUCUGACUUGGCAGCGUUCCACCAACACAUCAGCCAACGCUUCAGUCUGACUCACAGAAACACAUGGAUCAGCUUCGGAGGCUCCUACUCUGGAGCACUGUCCGCCUGGUUCAGAGGAAAGUUCCCCCAUUUGGUGUUCGGGGCUGUGGCCUCCUCUGCUCCUGUCAAGGCCAUCCUGGACUUCUCUGCAUACAACAAAAUCGUUUCAUUGAGUCUGACGAAUGAGGCAGUUGGAGGCUCAGACAAGUGUUUGGCUAAUGUGCAGGAGGCCUUCGCCACUGUGGAAGCGGCACUGAUGGGCAAUAAUGCCGGCAAGGUUGCCAAGGACUUCGGCUGCUGUCAGAUCCCUAAGAAUCUUGAUGAUCAGACUGAGCUGAUGGAGAACUUGGCUGACAUCGUCAUGGGAACGGUGCAGUAUAACGAGGAAUGGGCGGGCCUGUCUAUUAACAAGAUCUGUGAUGUUAUGACCAAUAAAAGCGAGGUGUAUGAGGAAGAGAUGGACGCUUACAAACGACUUGUUCAACUGGCGCAAAUCUACCGUUCCAUAAGUAAGGAGGCCUGUCUGAACGUUUCCCAUGAGCACUCUGUGAACACUCUGUUUGACACGUCGCUCAAGUCGGCCAGGAAAGGGGAGAGACAGUGGCUGUACCAAACCUGCACUGAGUUUGGCUUCUACCAGACUUGUGAGGAUUCCAGUUGUCCGUUUUCUGGGAUGCUGACCCUGCGGGAGAAGACAAAACUCUGUUCCCUGGUGUUUGGCAUAUCCCAGUACUCCCUGCCUGGACGCAUCGCCUUCACCAACACGUACUAUGGGGCAGACAACCCACAAACACACAGGGUGCUCUAUGUGAAUGGUGGCGUUGACCCGUGGCAGGAGUUAUCGGUGCUUCACAACAGGACCAGGGCGGGGGGUGGCGACCAGACCAUCUUCAUUAAGGACACUGCCCACUGUGCCGAUAUGAUGCCUGAUAGAGCCGUGGACCGCAGCUCGCUCCAGAGGGCCAGGCGGGAGAUUGAGAAGCAUGUGGCCGAGUGGCUGAAGGCAGCUGCCUGGGAGACCACUGAGAAAUUAAUGGUCUGAUCAGAGCAUCACAUUAUAGCCCAAUCAGCUCUUAUCUCUUCACCCUGAAACUGAUUAAAAGCAGUUU